AUGCUACAGUUCUCGGUUAACAACCCUAUUAUGGUCUCAUUAGCCAAUCUGAAGGCUUUAAUGUUUGGCAACGAACCUCCAGCCUCGACAGCGAAUGAUUCUGGCCAUCCUCUUGAAAUACGUCAAUUAAUUAAACGAAAUCAGCUACUCAAAGUGUCAAGGCUACUCAAAGCGAGUAAGCUAUUAGAACUUGGCCACAUGCAACGAUUUCAGGACAUUGAUCCAGCUCUAUAUGAGUGGGGAGAAGCACCACUGCUUAUUUUAUUCAUCUCCCAUCGCUGGGCAUCACCCAGCCAUCCAGACCCAGAGGGUGAACAUCUUCAUGCUAUUCACUUUCUUCUCAACGCCAUUAAGGAGCUUGCAUCAGUCUACCAUUCGCCAUUGGAAGAUAGGAUCAAGAAGGUCAAGACGCUAAAGGUUCACGGAUACCUACAAGCAGCUCGUGUCCUAAGCAAAAUAGCAAGUGAAAAGGGCACCAUCGACUCAACAAUUCUAUCUAGAAUCGGCCUUUGGAUCGACUUUAUGUGUUUGCCACAAAAGAACACAUUUAGAGUCGAUGACAGAACUGCGGAUGAACUGGUCUUUUUUAAAGAAGGGCUGCGACUCCUUCCGUCCUUGAUUGUCUCUUGUGAUUAUGUUGUCAGCCUCAGGCAAGAUGACGAUGACUACAUAGAAAGAGCUUGGUGUAUAUCGGAGCUAUGUGUCUCAUGGCCUAACAAACACAAUUCCGUGAUAGUUCUGCGUAAGGACCUUCUGGGACAGCCUAUCGACGGAAGCCUGUUGAGAACUGAACAGCUUUACUCAGGAUUAGAGGCACUGAGGCAAGAGAUUGACAGCUGGGAAUGUUGUCUACAAUACGAAGGAUCCCUGGACUUUGACUACGGUAUGCUGGAGAUAGUUGAAGAAGAUUUGAUCAAAUCAUAUGAACAAGCCACGCAGGGGAACCCGAAUAUCAAGAAACUUUGGCCGACUCCUUUCUUCACCACCGGACGCCCACCUCUUAUUUUCCCCAACCAAAUAGACUUUCUUAUGCAUAUCAGGCAGAGUCUGAGACAAGCGCCCCCAAGGAAUAUUGCUCUUCUCAUUAUGAUUACCAUGAAGGAAUGCGGCAUGUCCUGUUAUGACAUAAACGACUACACCCGAUGCGGGCUUCACAUCGCCUAUUCACGGCUCUGGGGACACGGAGGAUGGGAGUUGUUUUUCAAGGCCUGCCUCAUCAGGUUGUCUAACCGGGAACCCCUUAUCCUCAGAGACGUUGCUGAAGUCGAGAUGACGAACGGUAUUGAUUCUGGUGGUGUUGUGACGUACAGAUUCGAGACAGAUCAGAGGAUCUUGAGCCGCCAUGCAAGAGCAACUGAAGUCUGGAAGAAUCAGCACCUACACGAAGACCCGAAAAAGACAGCCUUACUUUUGGAAGCUAUGCUACGGCAGCUCAAGCUUCUGGGUAAAGCGUAUGAAGAGAACCCUGGCCUCGGAAUAAUGGAGUUGUCGGAGUUGGUGGAGAACGCCAUGGAAGUUGCCGAGAUCGAAUGUGAGGAAAGCAAAGUUGAGCUGGGCUUGAGUCUUCUUUAUGCAAAAUGCCAAUGGGCAUUCAAGAUCCAACUUCCAGGCGCUGAAAGAAUAUCAACAUUCCUUCUCGAAGCCUUGGAACGAUUGCGGGACGAUCAAAGGUUGUGGAUCACGGCCUAUCGAUGUUUCAACUGCUCUUAUGCCACCGAGCUCACUACCGACCUUCUUUUGCUAAGUUUUCUGAACAUGUUUCGGAUCGAUGAACUCAAACUGGAUUUAAAAAUAGCAGCAACCGGGCUUCCAGUUCUAGAUUUAACUUAA